AUGUCGAGCGUCGAGAGCGAGCGCUCAGUACCUGCGCCGGAUAAGCCUGUCGAGGAACAGCGGCCCUUAUGGAAGGACGACGAUGUUCCAGCAGAAGACAGCGAUGCUUUCAAGAGCCGUAUUCAUCGUCACUUCGGAGAGCAUGGUGCGAAAGAUGAGACGUUCCAACUCAAAGAUGAUCAAAUCAGCAAUUGGUCCGACCCGCCGAACCCCAAGUGCCACGCUUCUUUUGGGGAUGAUGGGGUAACAGCUACCGUCAAUGCCUACGGCGACUUGAUGCAAUUCAGCAGCUUUUUGGGGGUUGGUCAAUCCGGUGUAUUUUCCGCCGACCAUGGCGACACAGACGAGCCAUUCUAUGUUCUAAGCAGAGCUGAACAACUGCUCGAAAUGCAGCGAGAUCAAGUGCGCGAGUGCGUUGGCUACGGCCUGCGAUUUCCUAGCAUAAAUCCGCGGCGAUGCCGCAAUCUAGGUUACGUUCAUGACAGAUGGCCUCGGUAUGAGAUGGAAGGCGAUAAACUCAAACUCACUUUGCAGUGGAUGGUCCACGAGAGAACGGUUUUGCAGCAAUGCCUUAUUACAAACGACAGGGCGGACGAUGUGGAAGUCCCUUUUCGAUUUGCCAAAGCUAUGCAGAUCCGAGACUUGGAUUAUCUCAAGUGGCCCAAUUCAGAAAAGCAGCCUGGCCAAUUUCAAAUCCAAGCCCCAAAUGGCUACGGGUGGGUUUUUGUUCAGCAUUUGCAGCAUGAAGGAGCGGACGAAGAAAAGGAGAACGGAGCAGAACCAACCUCAAUAUCAUCACCUGCCAUUCAAAUCGAGACAGCAACCGAAGAUCCAAAGGAAAUGCCGAAACAGGCGAAGCUCCCAUCGCCUGAGCCAUUGGAUGCUAUUGCAGUUGUGGUGUCUGUCUUUGUGGAUGGCAAAGCUGUUCAUUGGGACCCUAGGGAUAGCACGGUUACCGACCUUUGGACAAGAUAUUUGGGGAGUAAAACCACAUUUGAGGUUGUCACCGCGUACAAAAUGGUACAUUUGACCAAGUCUAAUGCUGCAUGGGAUGAGUUCCUCGUACCAGCCGUCCAAGCAGACGUCGGCAAGUAUCUGACGUCAGUCAAAUUUACGGCGUUCCGUAUCUCAGAAUACAUCAAGCCUGCCGAAGAGCGUCUGGAUGACACCGAGCAUGCUGGAGCCGAACAUGCUUAUAAGUCGCUACGACGGAGAAUAGACUUGGUCUGUCGCGGCCACUUGCAGUGGCUUUCGAAAGCUGGUCUUACGGAAGGAGGAGUUUUUGCAGCAAAUUACUGGCCAACAGGUAAAGUCAUGGUUGACACGAAUGAUGGUUCAUUUUUGCCAUGCGACUCUUUCACCGAUACACCGUUCCACUUAUUGAAGAUUUCCGCGUCUAUGAACACCCAUAAUAACAAUGACUAUCGGAGACUUGCCCGAAGGGUGAUACGCAAGGUUGCUAAAUCCUGGCUUCAUACCCUUGACAAGUCCGACAAGCGUGCCUCCCAUGUCUGGCCUCACGCACAAGAUGAAGGGUACAACAAAUACAGACUCAAUGAACAUGUCUGGAUAUGGAGAGCGUUGAAAACGAUCGAAGAUGACCGGCGAAGAUGUUCUGAAACGAAGGAUCACCCGGACGAUGGGGAAAUAGAUCGUGAAGAGGUGGCUGAGGGUGACACAAAGGAUCAGAAAGUUCUUGGCAUAGGUCAACGAGACCAACAUGUCAGUGAUGAUGAGAAGAUUUUCAGGAAGUUCGACUCUGAUGUCAUCCAGAGGGAUAUACUGAGGCGGUUUACUGUCGAGAACGACGUGUCCAAGAAACGAAUGCUGGCAAUGACACGGUCUCCCCGCGAGACGCGCUUUUUGCUCCAUGCUAGCGACACUGCUUUAUUCUACGGCAUCAAGUGGAAUUUCUUCUUACAAACAAUCUUUGACGAGGUUUGGGAUAACACCAUUGAGGCCCAGGUCCAUCAUAGCGAGAAUUCGGAGACAGGGUGGGACAACUCGAUCAGAUAUGCGCUGGCAAUCAUGAUGGGAACCAGGAACAUGACUCUCAACAAAAGGUCGCCGAAUGACCUUGUCAAGUCUGCGUUUGACGUUUUACUUCGAUCCACAAAUCCCAACGGGCUCUUUUAUGGGCAACUGGACGGAACUACGAAAGAGCCAGCGCUGUUCGCCAGAGAAGAGGACCGAGAUUUCUACUUCCUCGCAAGUUUCGAAAUACCCUACAUUCUUCUCACGCAUCUUCCAAAAAUCGACUCAGCAUACAAAGACAUUGCCGGAAAAGACCCCGAGUCGCCAGUUAGACUCGAAAGGCUCCAAUUGACACCCCAGCACCCCUUCAACGAAGUCGCAGAUAUGAUUACACAGCAGCCAAAGCGACAGGAGCACAGGUCGCCUACAAAUACAAGUUCUGCCGCUGAUGCCGGUGAAUCUCAAAACGUAUCUGCAGGCCUGUAUCUGAACGUCAAGUCCAAGCGGCCCAAGACUACGGCAAUGAAAAAGAGCGUCCCUUUCAAUAGCUUCAUUGAUCAGAGUAGCAUCAUUGACCUUGAUGAUGAAUGGCUCUACAACUAUCCAUCCUUUCUAGGCGGCGAUGAAAAGACAGCCGAAAGCCUCCAUGAAGAGAUAAGGAAGUUUUUGGGUCCAACGUGGCAAAACAACAUAAGCACACGGAUGAAUAACACAAACAUCGUAAUCACAAAGGCAGCUGAAAAGUACAUGCAAAGACUUUCAGAGCCAAAGAGGGAUGAUGCUUCGCCAACUUCAGACUCAACUUUCUUCCGAAAUGACGACAACAACGAGAUGUAUUCUUGUGUGGUUAAUGUCCGGAAGCAGAAGAAUCUAAGCAAACAGGAAAGGGCGAACGGCAACGACAUACACUAUCUCGAUGGGAGUCACUCGCUCUGGAGAUACUUGUCAAGGCCUCGUGUAGUCAAAGAAGCCAAGAAAAGACUCAUUUGGCUGCCAGCAGCGAGCGACCAGCAUGCUCUCGUUUGCUACAUGACCAGCCCACCAGAUGAGAGACAAGCCAUUUCGCUCUUCUUCGACCGUCAUCACCAUUAUGAAAAACAGUUCCUCGAAGAAACAACAAUGGUACUCAAUACCUGGCACAGUGAACUUCAUCUGAGCUUCCAUCGACUGGUCAAUGAGAAUUACGAGCUAGAGACGGGAAUCCCCCCGUCUAGUCGGAAAAACAUUCCAGGCGUUGCCAAUAAAAAGCUCAUGCAAUGCUCGAUGGGGUUUCGCUUUUCAGGAGACUUUUUCGACCGAUACUGGACUUGUUACAUGAUUGAACACGUCUCGCAUUGGUGGCGGAGGCCUGAGCCGUGGGACGAAAAAGAGAUUGUCCAGAGCACCAAAGACAUCUUCGAUAUGGUCGUACACGAGCUGGGAGAAAACCGGGGAACAAUCUCAUUCUCGACUCUGAGCAGCGUUGAGUACUUUUCAUCCAGCGCCCAGUGGCAGAACUGUCAGCAGAUACUCCAGGUCGUGGAGGAAGAGCUCGCAGACGUGCUGUCGACCGUCCUCAAAUGGGAGGCGCGUGAGAAAGAUAGGGGCCAGGAGCGGCCGCGAUGGACACGUAACGACGAGCGUAAAUACCGCGGCCUCAUUGGGAAGAUGCAAGGUUCGACAGGCCGCCACACGCGAGAUUUACACAACUACCGUAACAGCAUUCGGUCACUGAAGGAGCAGCUGAUCAGCAAUCAGCAACAGAGCCGUGACAACCUCUCGCUGAUCGACGCAGAGAACGUCCGGCUCUUCACGUACGUGACUGUCAUAUUCCUGCCGCUCGGCUUCGCGGCCAGCAUCUUCAGCAUGAGCGAAACACCACCAGGCGAUGUCCUCAAGCCCAUGAUUGUUUGCUCCGUUAUUGCGCUCUUCCUCACCAUUGUGGCGCUGGCGAAUGCGAAGAAAGUGUCAAUGGCGAUCAAUAACUACUCGCAGGCGAAGAUCAACAGCAGUCUGUUUAACUUGAGACACGAGGCGCAGGUGUCACCCACACGACAUCAACAUGAGGAGGCCAAGGCUGGCGGGGUAUCUGAAAAGGACAAAAAGCCUGGCGGUCCUACUUCAACCCAACCAAUCAUCCACAAGGCAAGCUUUUCGGGGCACGUUCGGUUCUGGAUAGUAUAUCUAUUCAUUGACCUGCCCUCUGAGAAGGUCUCGACGGCAUGUGGGAUCUUGGGAGACAAAGAGCCUAGCUACUGGACCACCUACAUUCAUGUCAUUGUAGGAUUCAUGGUUUCACCUGUCCUUCUCGUUGCUCGCCUCAUCCAGAUUUUUCUUUACAACGCAAUCGAUUUGGGGCGACUGGCCUGGGGCCAAUACAAGCUUUUUGUUACAUCAGCAAAGCCGAAGAAGCAACAGUUGAAGCGGAAUUGGCUGACAGACAUCACGAGUAUACAUCGGCCGCUCAAGGAAAAGGUUGCAGAAGUGAAAAAACGCUUGUCAGACCAGCAGAUAAGUAAGAACGAACCGAGCAGGUAUGGAGAUACCGGUAUGAAAGAGUCAAGAUGA